UCUCUCUCUCUCUCUCUCUCUCUCUCUCCUCUCUCCCCUCCCUCCCCUGCCUGCUAAUUUUUUAUGCAUUUUUCUAAACUGUCAUGGCGAUUUUGUGUCCUUGGAAAUAAAAAGCGCCAGUGUUUUUCGGGCUGACCGGGGGGAUGUGUCGCCGGUGAGAGCGCGUGUCCGGCGUCCGGAGCAGGUGAGCUGUCCGCCGGGGAGGGUUUUUCUGAGGAGCGGUGUCCCCUGGAAGGAGUUUUAGCGGCUGUCCACACGUAUGCAGUGAAGGGAUAGAAGAUGAAAAUACACAAGAAGGACAAGCAGCAGGUGUUCACGGGUCUCCUGAAGCACACGCCUCCUCCGGCCUCCUCUGCAGCCGCCGCCUCCUCCUCGUUGGACCAAAACAGCAACGCACAAACCGCAGUUCCCACAAUCCCACGGGGUCACCUGGUUGUGGGCUCCAAGGACCAGCUCCGCCUCCUCACCCCUUUAGGCAGCACGGCGGCGUCCAAUCACUGCGCGACUGCGUCCGGGGUCCACGCCGCUAAGCACGCCGGAGGAGGAGGAGCCCCCAGACCUCCUUCCUCCCUGAGCGAGGAGGACGAUGGAGGAGGAGGAGGAGGGGGGGGAAGGGUGAAGAAGAAACGGAGGAAAAAGGACAAGAGAGAGCGAGGAGUGGAGGCGGGGGAGAGAGAGAGGGAGAGCAGCAAACCAAAGAAACGGAGAGAGGAGAAGGAGAAGGAGAAGGAGGCGACGACGGUCACUCUGAGGAGGGGCAAGGAGCCUAAGGAAGGGAAGGAGAGGAAGGAGAGAAGGACAAAGGUGAAGGAGGGGAGGAAGGAGAGCAGGACAGAGCUGAAGAAUGUGUCAGGGGGGAGAGCGGCGCCCGGCCCCGCUCAGGUGCCCGUUAAGGUACCCGGGAAACGAGGGAGGAAACCCAAAGUGAAAGUCCUCCCUCCUCUGCCGACGAAUCAAGCACCUCCUCCUCCUGCUCCUCCUCCGGGUCUCCACACUAAAGUCUCGGUCCAGCCCCACAAAAAGAACCAUGGCCCGGCCAACAGCAAGAGGCCGGCCCCCUCAGCGCCUAAACAGAGAGGCCGCAAACCCAGAGAUCCUGGCGCCGCGCCGGUGGAGAAGAAGAAGAAGGGGAAGAGGAGAAACGCGGAGCUGGCUGUCCAGGAGGGGGCGGAGAGUGACGACACUACCUCAAUGUCGACCCUCAACAUGGGAGGAGACGACAGCCAGGACCCCCUGGAUAACGCUAAGCGGCGUUCAGGACGUCAGGUGAAGCGGAGGAAGUAUAACGAGGAUUUGGACUUCAAGGUCGUGGACGAUGAUGGAGAGACCAUCGCAGUUCUUGGAGCCGGUCGAAUCUCAGCGCUCAACGCCACGGCUCUGGCGUGGCAGGCCGAGGAGCCUCCUGAAGACGAGGCCAACAUCAUCGAGAAGAUUCUGACGGUGCGAACAGCAAAGAAAGAGACGUCUUCAGAGGAACAAGUCGAGGACAGAGAGGAGUUUUACGUCAAGUACAGAAAUUUUUCCUACCUUCACUGUAAAUGGGCGACUCUGGAGGAGCUGGAGAAAGAUCCCAGAAUCCACCAGAAGAUCAAACGCUUCAGGACCAAACAGGCUCAGAUGAAACACCUGUUCACCGAGCCUGACGAGGACAUAUUUAACCCGGACUACAUCGAGGUGGACCGGGUGCUGGAGGUGGCUGUUACCACGGAUACGGAGACCGGAGAGGAGGUGACUCACUACCUGGUGAAGUGGUGCAGUCUGUCCUACGAGGAGGCCACCUGGGAGCUGCAGGAGGACCUGGACCCCGAGAAGAUCAAAGAGUUCGAGGGGAUCCAGAAACUGCCGGCAGACCUCAGACACAUGGAGCGUCCUGUUCCAGACAAGUGGCAGAAGUUGGAUCACUCCAGAGAUUACAGGAACGGAAACCAGCUCAGAGAAUACCAGUUAGAGGGGAUGAACUGGUUACUGUUUAACUGGUACAACAGGAAAAACUGCAUCCUGGCCGACGAGAUGGGUUUAGGAAAAACGAUCCAGUCCAUCACCUUCCUGUACGAGAUCUUCAGCAUGGGGAUCCGCGGGCCCUUCCUCAUCAUCGCCCCCCUGUCCACCAUAACCAACUGGGAGAGAGAGUUUCGUACGUGGACGCACUUGAACGUCAUUGUGUAUCACGGCUCGCAGAUCAGCCGGCAGAUGAUCCUGCAGUACGAGAUGUUCUACAGAGACUCACAGGGGAACACUAUCCCGGGGGUGCUGAAGUUUCAUGGCGUGAUCACCACCUUCGAGAUGAUCAUGGCCGACUGUCCCGAGCUGAAGAAGCUGCACUGGCGCUGCGUGGUGAUCGAUGAGGCUCAUCGCCUGAAAAACAGGAACUGCAAACUGCUGGAGGGACUCAAACUCAUGAACCUGGAACACAAGGUUCUGCUGACAGGGACUCCUCUGCAGAACUCGGUGGAGGAGCUGUUCAGUCUGCUGAACUUUCUGGAGCCGCUGCAGUUCCCUUCCGAGAGCUCCUUCCUGGAGGAGUUUGGAGACUUGAAAACUGAGGAGCAGGUAAAGAAGCUUCAGGCCAUCCUGAAGCCGAUGAUGUUGAGGAGACUGAAGGACGACGUGGAGAAAAACCUGGCGCCCAAAGAAGAAACCAUCAUAGAGGUGGAGCUGACAAACAUCCAGAAAAAAUAUUACCGAGCCAUCUUAGAGAAGAACUUCUCCUUCCUGUCGAAAGGAGCCAACCAGCACAACAUGCCCAACCUCAUCAACACCAUGAUGGAGCUCCGCAAGUGCUGCAACCACCCCUACCUGAUCACAGGAGCGGAAGAGAAGAUUCUGGAGAGCUUCAGGAAGUGCCACAGUCCCGACGCUUUGGACUUCCAGCUGCAGGCGAUGAUCCAGGCGGCGGGGAAACUGGUGCUGAUCGACAAGCUGCUGCCCAAACUGCUGGCGGGGGGACACAAAGUCCUCGUCUUCUCCCAGAUGGUCCGCUGCCUGGAUAUCCUGGAGGACUACCUCAUCCAGAGACGCUACACCUACGAGCGCAUUGACGGCCGUGUGCGAGGGAACAUGCGGCAGGCGGCCAUCGACAGGUUCUGUAAGCCGGAUUCGGACCGCUUUGUGUUCCUGCUGUGCACCAGAGCCGGAGGUUUGGGGAUCAACCUGACGGCUGCAGACACCUGCAUCAUCUUCGACUCGGACUGGAACCCUCAGAACGACCUGCAGGCCCAGGCCCGCUGUCACCGGAUUGGUCAGAGCAAAGCGGUGAAGGUGUACAGGCUGAUCACCAGGAACUCGUACGAGAGGGAAAUGUUCGACAAAGCCAGCCUGAAGCUCGGGCUGGACAAAGCCGUCCUGCAGGACAUCAACCGCAAAGGAAGCCUCAAUGGGGUUCAGCAGCUGUCCAAGCUGGAGUUGGAGGAUUUGUUGAAGAAAGGAGCGUACGGAGCUCUGAUGGAUGAGGAAGACGAGGGUUCCAAGUUCUGCGAGGAGGACAUCGAUCAGAUCCUGCAGAGACGCACUCAGACCAUCACCAUCCAGACUGAAGGGAAAGGCUCCACGUUCGCCAAGGCCAGUUUCGUCUCCUCUGGGAACAGAACAGACAUUUCUCUGGACGACCCAAACUUCUGGCAGAAGUGGGCGAAGAUCGCAGAGGUGGAGAUCGACUCCAAAUCUGAGAAGGAGUCUCUGGUGAUCGACACGCCCCGGGUCAGGAAGCAGACUCGUCACUACAACUCGUUCGAGGACGACGAGCUGAUGGAGUUCUCGGAGCUGGACAGCGACUCGGAGGAGCGGCCGUGUCGGACUCGGCGGCUCGGCGAGCGCAGCAGGCGGUACCUCCGAGCCGAGUGCUUCAGGGUGGAAAAGAACCUGCUGAUCUUUGGGUGGGGUCGGUGGAAGGACAUCCUGAACCACGGCCGCUUUAAAUGGCACCUUGCAGAGAGAGACAUGGAGGCGAUCUGUAGGGCUCUGCUGGUUUACUGUCUGAAACACUACAAAGGAGACGACAAGAUCAAGAGCUUCAUCUGGGAUCUGAUCACACCCACCAAAGAGGGCCAGGACCAGGCGCUGCUCAACCACUCGGGUCUGUCGGCGCCGGUCCCUCGUGGUCGUAAGGGGAAGAAGCUGAAGAACCAGCUGAAUGUUCCCGAGCUGAAGAACGCCGACUGGCUGGUCCACUGUAACCCGGAGGUCGUUCUGCAGGACGAGAGCUACAAGAAACACCUGAAACAACACUGCAACAAGGUGCUGCUGAGGGUCAGGAUGCUGUACUACCUGAAGGUGGAGGUUUUAGGUGAAGCUGCUAAUCAGUCUGUGGAGGGAGUUCCUGCCAGUAAACUGGAGGUGUCACUCCCCGACAUCGACUACAUCGAAAUCCCGGCGUCGUGGUGGGACACAGACGCCGACAAGUCUCUGCUGAUCGGAGUCCACAAACACGGUUACGAGCGCUACAACGCCAUGCGAGCCGAUGCAGACCUGUGUUUCCUGGAGAGAGUGGGGAUGCCCGACGUCACCGCUCUGUCUGCUGAACAGGGAGGAGGGGAGGGGGCUGCAGACCUCGCUGACAGUGUUUGCAAACCGGAGGAGACGAAGGACGAAGCAGAGAGCAAAGCUGACGGAGGAGAGGACCGAGACGAGAGCAGCAAGGGAGAGGAAACCUGCUCGAGCACGGACACUUCAGACAAACCGGACAGCACAGGACCAGACUGCCAGAUGUCCGGCGACUUGUGCGCUCAGGAUGCCACACUGGUCACCACGACGACCACAGGAACGGGUACAGGUGUGGCGGCGCUCCAAGUGGUCCAGGCCCGCCCCCUCUGGCCCACUGGUCCCGCCCUGACGGCGCGCUUGCGGCGCCUGAUCACCGCCUACCAGCGCUUCACGCUGCGCCGCGAGCCGCUGCUCAGACACGACUUCCUGCUGCACGACGGCCUGGUCGGCAUGGGGAUGGGAGGAGGCGGAGCCGCACACGGUCAUCACGCGGGGGGGCCGCUGCCGUGGCAGCUCGGGGAGGAGCUGAGGAGGUGCACCGUGGUCGCCACCGAGCCCGACCCGCUGUUUCUGGAGUGGCAGAGAAGGUGGACUCGUCGGGAACAGGCAGACUUCUACCGCACCGUGUCGUCGUUCGGGGUGGUGUACGACCCGGAGAGGAAAAUCUUCGACUGGUCUCAGUUCCGAGCUCUGGCGCGGCUGGAGAGGAAGACGGACGAGAGCUUGGAGAGAUACUUCAACUCCUUUGUGAACAUGUGCAGGACGGCCUGCAAACUGCCUCCAAGGAAGGAAGAAGGGUUGGUGGACCCCUCCGUGCUCGUGGAGCCUCUGACAGAAGAGAGAGCAGCGAGGACGUUGUACCGCAUCGAGCUGCUGCGGAAGAUCAGAGAGCAGGUUCUCCGUCACCCUCUGAUCUCGGCCCGCCUCCAGCUGUGCCGCCCCUCCCUCUACCUCCCCGUGUGGUGGGAGUCCGGCAAACACGACCGGGACCUUCUCAUCGGGGCUGCGCGCCACGGCCUGAGCCGCACCGACUUCUACAUCCUGAACGACCCCCAGCUGAGCUUCCUGGAGGCUCACAGGAACUACGUCAGGGGUCACCCCUCCCACCUCCACGCUCAGAGUCAUCAUCACCCCCACCACCCGGGGUUAACUACUCACCCCGGGAUCUCGUCCUCUUCCUCCUCCUCCUCGUCUCACCCUCAGCUGUCUCACCCUCACUGCUGUCUCUACGACUCCAGUCUGAGUCAACACUCCCCUCAGCCCCCUGAAUACCCCCACCAGUCCUCCCACCACCACCAGCACCACCCAGUGCCUCCGUCUGCUCCCUCCCCGUCCUCCUCUCACCCUCACCUCCACCCUCCCCCGCCUGCCUCCCCCAGCCUGGGGAUAGUUCCUGGCUCUCGGGGAGAUUUCCUGGACUGCCCCCCUCUGGAUGAGACCCUGGAGCUCGGCGCUCUGCACCACGACGCCAUGUCUGCAGACGGUUUGCACGGAGGGAAGGCGGCCAAGGACGCCCUCAACGGCUUCCCGUUUAACUCUGCUGCGGGAGGGCAGAGCAUGCUCAACUCGUACGGAGUGGGCGGAGCCGACCUCGACUCCAAACUGAGGAGUGAUGUUCUCGUUGGAGAGCAGGGAUCGUCGGAGGAAACGGGGCUGAUGGCGCCGUCAGUGGAGCUCGAUCAGUUACAGGCUCCCUGGGACGGCACGGACCACUCGAGUCCAGCGCACCACAUGUUCAACGAGUCCGAUCCCAUCCUGGGUCCCUCCGCUCUGGAGCCCGGCUUCCUGGAGGAGGAGGACGAGGAGGCUCAGGGGGGAGACAGAGGAGGGGAGGAAGGAGGGACUCUGGAGGAGUGUCUGGGCCUCCCCCCCUCCUCCUCUCCCUCCCACCCGUCUGCAGGAGACUCGGUGGAGCCGCUGAGCUCCAGCUACAUGCUCUUCAAGGACAUCGGCGUGAGCGAGGAGCCCAGCGCGGAUCAGACCGACCUGUCAGCGAGCCCGCCUCCUCCCUACGUCCCUCCUCCUCCCCUCUCUCUGUCUGACAUCACCGCCCACGACCCGCAGGAUAGGCUGGGCCACUCUGAUGUCACUGAGAGUCUGACCAAUCCUGUGGAAGAGGAAGAGGACGGACAGGAUGCCGGCGCCGGGUUUGAGUUUGAAGACAAAGAGGAGGAAGAUGUGGAAGAGAAAAAAUACACGACUCAAAGCCUGGAGGGAGAGGAGGGGGAUGAAGAUCAAGGUGCUGACCGAAGUCUGGGAGUCUUGAGUCCCCAAAUGGUGGCACCACAGAUGGAUGGGAUGGAACCCGAGCCGAGCGUUGGAGAGCAGGACGAGAGGAUGGAGGUAUCAAACCAACUCUCUCAAGACCUUCAGGAGAGCUUCAACCAAUCAGAGUGCAAAGAGGAGUGUCUGCAGGGCGUGCAAGCCUAUCUGGGAAAGCUGCAACAGGAGGGAAGCCUUGUUUGUCCCGAGUCGAUUGAAGAGCCGGGAGAGGAGGUGGAUGGGAUGAUUUUAUAUCAAACCGGGGAAGAAGACACUCUGGAAAACUCACCUGUCUCUGAAACACUGAUCGGGAAUCCACCUGGAGAGUUUGUGCAAGUGGAGGGCAAUUCCAGCGAUCUUGCAGAUCAAGUGGACGAGAUCUCAGAAGGCCAGAUGGACGGUGUUUCUCUUCUGAACGUUCCCCUGUGCGAGGACACCAAACCCAAUGACAUGGAGCAUGAGAGCAUUUAUUCAGAAUAUGCAAAUCCUUCCUGUGCCUCUGCGUCAUCACCUGCAGCGGCGUCAAAGUCUGAGGAAGCCUCCUCACAGAUAGAUGGGAUCAAAACUGAGAUCUCCAUGGAUCAGGAGAACUAUGACGGCCCAGCUGACAACAAGGACAAUCUAAUCCACCAAAGCCAAGGCAAAGUUUCCCCUGAUCUCUCUGACAGUGUUGACACAAAGCCUUCAGAUCUGAAGUUUCCUCUCUUGUCAGAUCAUGUCAGAGAGAAGAGACGUCAGGAGCUGGAGCUGCCGAUCAAGAGGGAAGAAACCAAGACGGAGACGUUUGACGACGUCUACCCCGACAGCUCCCAAGUCAAACAUGAACUUUCCUACGUUGUGAAGUCAGAGGACUUGGUGACCAAGUCUGAGCAGGUGGAGUUUCCCGUCAAAGCAGAGACUCUGGAGUCCAAACCUGAAGACCUGAGCCUCCCCGUGAAGCCUGAGAGCGAGGACAGUAAACCUGAAGUCCUCCAGUUUGCAGCUUUCUCAGGAGUCAAACCCGAAAACAAACCUUUAGCUCUCGGGUUCGCAGCUUUCUCAGACGGAUCCAAACUGAAGACGGAGACGAAGCCAGAGCGCCUGGAGUUCUCGACGUAUCCCGACAGCUCAGAGAUCAAACCCGAGGCCAAACCGGAGAGCCUGGAGUUCCGAGCCGGACCUGAGAUCAAAGCUGAGACCAAACAGGAGAUGCUUGAGGCCGACAGCACCGUCCUGACCCCGAAGCUCGAGCCUGUCGACGGGCUGGUGGACGCCUCGGGGAGUCUGAUGGUGAAAGGACAGGUGAAGGAGGAGAGGCCGGCUACACCUGUGCCCGUGUCUGAGGGUUACGUCGGCAGCCCGAGGUUUGCCGCUCCGAUGUCCAUGUGUGAGAUUCCCGACAGCCUCCAUGACAGCAGGGAGCCAACCAUCGCUCAGCUGCUGCAGGAGAAAGCUCUCUACUCGUUCUCUGAGUGGCCGAAGGACCGCGUCAUCAUCAACCGCCUGGACAGCAUCUGUCACGCCAUCCUGAAGGGGAAGUGGCCGUCAUCGAGCGAGCAGUACGACUCCCCCGGCUCGCUCCCCGCUAACUCCUGCCUGGCUAACAGUCUGUCCCAGCAGCAGCAGCAGCAGCAGCAGCAGCAGCAGCACCACCGUGCCAGUUUCCUGACCACCACGGCCUCCAGCUCCGUCCCGAGCCAGUCCAGGGUCCAGCAGGCCGGUCCUGGGCUCGGGUUCUCCAUCCCGCCCCCGCUGACAAGACUACCUAAGUACAUGCAGCGGGGCGGGGCAUGUGGGCGCGGAGCUUGGCGCCUCACCUCCUUGCCUCUCUUACAGGAGAGGCUGGUGGCUCCGCCUUACCUCCCCGAGCUCAAGCGAGCGGGAGGGCGGAGGUUUGACUAUGAAGCGGCAGCAGCUGCGGCCGCUGCUAAAGUCCUGGCCGGGAAGUCGUUGUCGUCUACCGCUACCACCACCAGCUCCGGCGGGGCCGCUCCUGUGGUGGCCCCGCCCUCUCACCGUACGGGCGCCAUGUUGAUAAACGGCUGGCAGGAAGCGGCCAUCGACCUGACCAAGUCGUCCGGAGAGAUCAGCACCACCAGCGGAGCGGGAGAGUCUGCGGCCUCACCAGGGGGUGGUCACAAGCUGCCGCCGCCGCCCCCCAUUACCGCCCCACUGACUGGCUCGGUGGGCAUCGACAUGGCGGGGAUCCUGCAGGCGGGGCUCAUCCACCCUGUGACGGGGCAGAUCAUCAACGGGAGCCUGAGAGGAGACGACUCCCUGAGGAGGAGGAGGGGCAGGAGGAGAAACGUGGAGGCUCUGUACUCUGAGUUCACCAAGAACAGAGGACUGCACCUCCCCGACACACAGGGCCGCGUGGAGGUGAUCAGCCACUCCUCCGUCUCCUCCUCCACCUCAUCUCCGUCCCCCUCGCCUUCAGACCGACCUGCAGGCCCCCCCACGCCGUCCUCCUCCUCUACGCCCACCCCCACCCAGACGCCUCCUCAGCCGGAGAUCGUGGCCAUCGACAGAGAGGCGGCGAGUAAAGGUCUGAUCGAGUGGCUGAGGCAGAAUCCAGGAUACAGCAUGGAGCUCCCUUCAUUCGCUCAUUCCGGAGCUGGUCUGUUACACGGCUUCGUGGAGCGCCCGAAGCAGAGGAGGCAUCGCUGUAAGGACCCCACCAAGCUGGACAUCAACACUCUGACGGGGGAGGAGAGAGUUCCUGUGGUGCACCGAGGCACCGGACGCAGGCUCGGAGGGGCGAUGGCGCCGGCCAUUAAGGAGCUCUCCAGGUGGCUUGAUGCAAACGCUGAGUAUUUUGUAGCUCCGGACUGGGCUGACGUGGUCAAACACUCUGGUUUCCUUCCUGAGGGGAUGUUCUCGCGGAUCCUGACAGAACCGGUCAACAGAGACCCCGGUUCUCGGCGUCGAGGCCGGCGACCUCGCAGCGAGAUGCCUAAGCCCCUCCUCUCCGUCUCAGACUCUGGCUCCUCUGGCCUGGGCCCGCCCCUCUUCAUGAACGGCGGUUUGAUCGGCAGCAUGGACUCGAUGGUGGCGAUGCAGAACCUCCGCGGCGGGAUGGGUAUUCCCAUCUCCGGGAUCAUGGCGGCCGGAUUCCCUCACGGUUUCUCUGCAGCUGUGCAGGCGGGAGGAGGCGCGGCGUCUUCAGAAGACACAAAGAACGGAUUGAGCAUGUUACCCAUGAUGCUUCACGGCAUCCCACACCCUCAUGGGGCUGCGAUCCCGCAGCACGCCUUGUUCAGCGUCAGUGCGAUGAUGGCACACGCACCGCCUCCUCCUCACCCGAGCUCCACCUCCUCCUCCUCUUCUUCUACAUUGUCUGCUGCAAAGGUUACCACGACAACCGCGCCGUCUACAUCUGAGGCAGCCAGUCCCUCGUCGACGACGCCUGCUGAGAGAGAGAGCGCCGCGUCCUCUGGCUCUGCUGGAGUAGAGAAGGAGCGGAGCCAGGAGGAGAAAGGUGCGGCAGACACAAAAAAAAGAGCAGGAGGGGCGGAGUCAGCGGCCAUCAUCACCUCCACCAGCAGGGCGCAGUUUGGCGCUGCUCAUCUGGGCGGCGGUACUAGCAGCCAUCUUACCUUCAACCCGUUCCUGAUCCCUGGCAUGUCGCACGGCCUGCUGUACCCGCACAUGUUCCUCCCGCACGGGGGCAUCAUGGCGCUCCCCGCCAUGCCUCCUGGAGCGUUGGACGGCUCACCGGGGAGCCCCAAGAGGAGGAGGAAGAGAGGGCGCGAGGAGGGGGAGAGAGAGGAGGAGAGGGAGAAGGCCGAGAGAGAAAGUACAUUUAAAGCGAGUGUGUCCUCCUCGUCUCCCUCCCUCGCCUCCACCUCCGGUCUCUCCCUGACUGAGGAGCCCGCCGCCGCCGCCGCCGCCGGGCAGGGGCGUGCAGAGGAGGAGCCUGCAGAGCCCCAGGAACCAGACUCCCAUCAGCACCCCGAGGGAGCCGCGGCAGAGGAGAAGGAGGAGAGAACGGGGGACACAGGAGGGGAGGCACCGGAGGAGGAGGAGGAGAAGCAGGACGCUGAGGAGCAGAGACAGGCGGGAGGAGAGGAGGCGUAGAAGAGGAGAAACUGCGCCCGCCUCCUCCUCCGCUGAGCAACCGUGUAAAGUUUGUGCCGUGUCUGUCAGUCAAUGUCCAUGUAAAGACUUUUACUAUGAUGAUGACUAAUAAUGAUGAUUAUAUUCGACUUGGUUUUGUUUAUAUACCAAGACCCCGCCCACUCCCCCACAAGCUCCGCCUCCUCCCCCUCCUCCUUGUAUACAAAAACAACUAGUGUAAGAAAUCUUCUGUGUAUUCUUCCCCUUCAUUCUGCAUCCAGACUGAGUCAUGAGUGACACUUUAUCAACACACACACACACACACACACUGCAGGAGAAUAAAACAGCUGAGCGUUGGCGUGCAUAUUUCCCCGCUUAUGACCUCAAAGGGAUGGCGAUGAGCGUUGAGGUGGUCCUGAUAAUCUUAACGAGCACCUGUGUCUCUAUUCUCACUCCCAGCACACUCCAUCGAGUUUUUUGUCUUGAAGAUGAACUCGAAGCUUAAACCAGCAUUCCCACGAUUGCGUGAAGCUCAAACUCCAUUUUCUGUUCUGAGGUCGGAGAUACGCUCGCUGUUUAACGAAGCGGCUGCAUCGCGAAGCGUUUAGCGUUCGCGUGUCUGGCUCUGCCCUGCACGUGUUACUGGAGGUCACCUCUAGAGGGCGCCCCGUAGAGGUCAGGUUCUACAGACACCCGAGGAGGUGACUGUAAUGUUCAUUCUGGGAUCAGAACUAACUUAAUAUAAUAGUGAGGUCAGAUCAGCUCAGACUGACUCUUGAGUUUACUGAGUGAGUGUCUGUCAGCGUUUCAGCAGCUGUAGGAAAAAAACUAAAACAACAGACGCACUCAGAUGAAAGUUCAGUAACUCGUUGAGACAUGUUGACGUCAGUUUUGAAGCUUUUCUGCCCAGACAAAACGGCAGGUGGCCACAGGGCCUUAAUUCUGUCACAUCUGCCUCUACACUGCCCUCUGCUGUUCAUGUGCAUACUGCAGCUUGCGACCACUUGGUGUUCAUUUUUUUGAGGUUUGCACAGCCGAGGCUCUGAACAUGACCGCAGAGGAACAGGAGGCAGGCGUAACGCAAACGUGAAUGAGCGGUUAAAAGCAAGAAUAUCUCCGACCUCGAGGUUAUAAACACAACCACAACAUACAAAGAUAACAGACAUCAGCCCCAAAACAACAUCUCUAAAUUCUCCUGACACAAUCUUUAUUUAAGAGAUGUUUUUUAUUUUAGUUUUUCUAUUCAAAGACGGAAAAAAUCGUGAUUAAACUGGAAGGUCAAAGGUCACACGACAGGUCAAUUCCUCGUCGUUUUUUCAGAUCGUCUGUCUGCAUGCCCCAGCUCCACCAUGUUUUAGAUACUUAGCAUAAAUAUAUUUUUGAACUUGACCUCGAUUAUUAACGCUACACCAGCUUCUUCACUCUUCAGACAGGAAGAGGAAACACUGAGAACAAGAACUCCACCUUCUCGUUUGCUUUCAUCGAUAAACAAGCAGAGAACAAUCGUGAGAUUCAUUUCUUUUAUUCUUUUCAUCAUGUCGAGAUUUUUUUUAACAACUCAAAACACAAAGUCACUUUGAGAGGAAAUCAAGGAAAAAGGAACUGUAAAAUUAAGAGCACCUUCAGGCCACCAGGGGGCGGUAGGAGGCAGAUGAGAUUGUAUUAUGCCUUGCAACCAGUGAGGCGGCGGGACGGAGGGAGACGAGAGGAGGGGAGGGAGGAGGAGGAUUUUCUUUCUGUUCUGGUUUUAUCCGACUCCCACAUGUGACGUACAAGAGCUGCAGAACGGAUCCACUCAUGACCUGUAGCAUCAUCUCAUCGGUCGACCCCCUCACCUUUUCUUUCCAUCCUGUGCGUCGUCUGUCCAGAGAAAGGGAAUCAUUUGUUGUUCAGGAAUGAAGAACAGAUCAAAAAACAGGAUGAGGAGGGAUGCACGGCUGUGAGAAGCAUCGCUCUUUGUUUUCUUCAGUUGAGUUUUAAAGCAGUUCAUACUAAGAGUUUCUAAAUAUGUAAAUCUAUCGCUGUAUAUUGCUGUUUUUUUUUUUUUUCUUUCUUUCACCUUUUUGUUUCUGCAUUGGGAAAAAAAUACUUGACAGAAGCGAUGUUUGGCGUUGCGGUUAGUCCCGGUGUUUUCUGACUGUACUGUACAUGAAAUGAUGCAAAGUGUCUGCAGAACAGGGUGUGUAUUUAGAGGCGUUUAUGUCACAUGUUGGAAUUCACUUUGGUUUCGUUUUCAUACCUGAAAACACGAUUUUUUGCACAGUGUCUUUUUGUGAACCUGUUCCCGUAGAGUCCUGUGUUUCCUUCAGAGUAUGAGAGUGUGUGUGUGUGUGAGGUCACAAGAGAGAGAGUGUGUCUGUGUGCAUGCAUGCGCACACGUUUUUGAUGUCUUCUUCUCCCGUCUCGUCCCGACAGGUCACAUUUCUUGUUGAGAAAAAAAAAAAACAUAGUUGUUGCCUUGUCACAAGUUUGUGGCUCCAUAUAAUUUAUUCUACUUUUUUCCUUUUGCUUUGCCAAACUCUCACCAAAUAUGACAUUCAUUCUUUUUUUUAGUUUCAUGACGUAUUAUUCAACGUAAAAUGCCUUAUUUAGCGAGUAUUUGUUUUUGUAUAGCCAUUCUGUUACAUCUCCAUAUAUGAACAUGUUAUUGUUACUGUGUUUGUUUGUAUGCGUACAAGGCCUUGGCCAUGUGCAUUAUCUUCAUUAUCUUCACGUCAGUGCGAAGGUACCGCGGUCUCCAAAUCACUACGUUAAUUCCCAAACAAUCAGUCAUCCCUGAAAGCACAAACGGAGAGUUAACAAAACGUUUCUAACCAGUGCCUCUAAAACGACCUUUCAUAGUUUCUCUCUUCUCUCUGUGGGUGUCACUUGUGCACUAUGUGGACGCCAUGCUUCGAUAGUUACAUCAUCCCCCGGUUUGGGGGGGGGAGGCAGGACGAUGAACAUUUGGAAAUGUCACUCCGAUAUGCAGACGAUACCAUGCUGUUUGUUAAGUGGGAAUUCUGGAUUCUCUCCAACCCGAGUCGUGGAUCAUUUUACACUCAAAUCCAUUGUAGAGGUUCAGAAAAGAUGAGCAAGAUGUCACCCGGAAAAGAAGCGUCUCGGAAUCGAAAAAUUUCGGCCUUGCCUCAGUCUCAGAUUGGACGGACUCUGGAUUUUAAGUCAAGACCACCACUGACCACGUCGUUAAUGUAAUAAGAAGCAAAACUUCAAUUCAUUCAUAAUUAGAUUUUUAUCCCCCGGUUACUGACGCAACCUUCCCACGGUCGAAGUGAGGGACACGCCCCCUAAACACAAGAUGACGAUUUUUCAGAGAUAGAGGUCUUGCUUCGAUCUUACCCUGCCUUGGUCUUGGUCUUGACUUGGUCUCGGGACACUCUGGUCUUGGUUAGGUCUUGGUCUCUGGUGGUCGUGGUCUUGACUACUACACUUGAUCCGUCUACAUGACACUUUUAGAAUAAUGAAAUCUAAAUGACCAUCAACAAAGUACGUCAGUUCAGAGCACAGGUUGACUAAUGGAAGUUCCGGGUUUGUCCAUUUUGGAACGGACCAAGCAGUGAAAGUGACACGAGAGGAAAAGCUAAGUGCUUAACUUAGCGAACUCUUCACAAGACCUUUGUAGGGCGAAAUUGGUAAAGAGGCAAUGUACUUGCAUGGAGCGGUUAAUGGCGUCUCCAGCAGUUAGGCGUACGGUACUUUAGUGCCGCCGUGAGUCGUUCUGAUUCUCUACAAUGGAGACGAGUCAUAAAAAUGUUCUGACUUUAGAAACACAGUUUGUUAAACGCCAGAUUUUCCUGUCAAGAAUUGCUGUUGAAUCCCGCACCGCGCUCAUUCUGCACGAGGCCUUCUGUUCGCCAUCCAGCACCGCGUCGAGGAAAAUAACGCGCGCACGGUUUGUCUCCACUUCAAAUAUCCGACCGUCUUUGUGUUUUCCUAAAUCAGCAGCCUGUCGUUUUGUUCCACGGCGGAGGAAUCGCUUCAAUCCCACAUCGCUCUCUCUGUUACGGACUCGAUCUGGUGAGAAAACCUGAAAGGAAGUCGUGCAGGUUUCAGUGUGCGAGGAGACUGGAGGCUCUGUGUACACGUCACGCCAUGCCUUCUCUAACAGUGUUCUGUCUGCUCAUGUCACCUCAACAUGUUGUAAACGUUUGAUCUCUGCUCAUGAAUGAUGUAUUUAUUGUAUAGUUCUUGUCUUUACAUGACUGACUUUUGUUACUCUUGAAAGUCUCCUGAAAGCAUUUUUUGGUUCACAUGGAAGUUAAACUCUGCUUUUCUUUGUCACUUUUUAACCUGCUAUAUAAAGAUGUUUUUAAAAGUC